CUCAGGGCUGUUCAGCGUCAUCGUCCUCAUGCUGGCCUGCUUGUGCUGUAAGAAGGGCGGCAUCGGGUUCAAGUCACCCCGGGGGCUGAGGCCAGGCCGUGUGGGGCUUGCUGGUGCACGCUGGCCCUCAUGGGGCCGCCCCCCAGAGGCCGAAUUCUGGAGCAGAGGCCCCCGUCCCAAGGACAGCGCCCAGAUGCUGUCCCCACCCUGCAAGCCCCUGUGGCCACCGCAAGUCCAGCUGCAGCUCUGAGCAGGGACGACCAGGCAGAAAGGCGCUGGGCUAACAACCCCAGCCAGAGGCGCCUGCCCCAGAGCCAGCGUGGGCCACCUUCCUGCCAACGGGCAAACUGCGACCUGGCCAGGGACCUCCAGCCACUCACGCCCACGAGGGCCAGCCCCACUCCUGGGCUGGAGGUCAGAUUCCUGCUCUCCGAGAGGUCAGGGUGGCCCAGCACGGAACCCCUGCCUGUAUUUUGGGGGCACCUUCAUAUUAAGUGACCCUCGCCCCAGCGAGCGUCACCCCCCUUUCAGGGAGACAGCCCCAGAGUCCCAGGAGGGGGCCACGGGAGCUCGCACCGGCCCACCUGGCAGGUGAGGACAACGUACGUGGCCCUUGCCUUUUCCAAAGCCCACACUUGCCAGCUGGCUCGUCCUCCGGAACCCUCCGAGGUGGGCCAAGACCCCCUCAACCGGGGGGAGCUGCGUGCCUGAGGGUCCCGCCCACCACACAUGGGCCCCGUCCUCUGGCUUGCUGGGCCCAGCAACGCCGGGCGUCUUUCUGGAAGAUCCUGAGGCCAGAUCUUCAAGGUUCUGGGGGCAGGAGUGGGGUGUGGACCCAGGGGGUGCUUGCAGGGCCUUUGUAUAUGCCGCCCCCCCUCAGGGCCCAGGAGAACGAGGCCCCAAGCUGGGGCCAGAACAGCCCCUCCCCUGCACCCUCCUCUUCUCCUCCGGAACAUGGUGCCCGGAACAUUCCAGCACCAGCGUGCCUCCGUGGCAGGGCCUGCCUCCGCAGUGGGCUCCCUCCUGGGCUCUGGGGGCUGGUGCUGGGCAGGCCCCGAUGCUCACGCUGUGCUACCUGAUCGCCCGCUGUGCCCGCGGGCCCCGGGCCCCCAGGUGGCAGGUAACGAACGGGCUGGAGCCAGGGCUGGCCUGGGUGAGGGGUGGACAUCUGGGCCCCCAGCAGAGCCGGGAUGUGGCAUUAGAGGACCCAGGGGGGCUUGGGGGUGAUCUCCGGGCCCUGGGGAGGGGGAGACCAGCCCCCUUCCCCCAUCCUCGCAGCGCGCAGGCCGGGACUGGAAUCCCGGCAGCCUCUGGCCUUGCUUCGCAGUGAGAAAACCAAGGCCCAGAGAAAGGAGGGUCCCCGGGUCACACAAGCCGCACCCUCCCAGGCCAGCUGUCUGUCCACGGGAGCACGAGUCCCGGAGUGGGUGGCCCUCACCCCUCUGAGCCUCAGUUCCCCCGGGGUUGUGGGGAGAGAUGGAGAGAGAGGCUGCACCAAGAGCUCAGGGAACAGUUGUUUUAAAUGAGCCCAGGACUUCCUCGGGGCCUUUGGCUCUGGGCUCAGGAAUGUGCUCUGCACCUGGGGGUGGGGACUCCCCUCGACAGGUGCAGCCGCUGCAUUUCAAAAUAGCAGCCUGGCCAGGAGUGGCCCUGCCCAGAGCCAGGCUCUUAAAGAGCCCUGGGAGCUCCCGGGAGGUGGGGUAGCCACCGGGAUGAGGGUCCCAGGGCCGCCUGUGGGCAGAUGGCUGUGGCAGCUGGGCUGCUGCUCCUGGCUGCCCAGGAACGCUCCUUGUCCUGGCAGACGGAGGAGCUUCUCCAAGAGGACUUUGGGGUGGGGGUGCUGUCCCCAAAGCUGUCCCAUGGCACGGAGUUUGAGAACGCCGAGGGGGAAGAGUAUGCGGCCGACUUCUCGGCGCAGGGCUCCCCGGCCGCGGCGGCGCAGAACGGGCCCGACGUGUACGUCCUGCCGCUCACCGAGGUCUCCCUGCCCAUGGCCAAGCAGCCGGGGCGCUCAGUGCAGCUCCUCAAGUCCACGGACCUGGGCCGGCACAGCCUGCUGUACCUGAAGGAGAUUGGCCACGGCUGGUUCGGGAAGGUGUUCCUGGGGGAGGUGAACGCGGGCCCCAGCAGCGCGCAGGUGGUGGUCAAGGAGCUGAAGGCCAGCGCCAGCGUGCAGGAGCAGGUGCGCUUCCUGGAGGAGGCGCAGCCGCACAGGGCCCUGCAGCACAGCAACCUGCUCCAGUGCCUGGCCCAGUGUGCCGAGGUGACGCCGUACCUGCUGGUGAUGGAGUUCUGCCCGCUGGGAGACCUCAAGGGUUACCUGCGGAGCUGCCGGGUGACAGAGUCCAUGGCACCUGACCCCCUGACCCUGCAGCGCAUGGCCUGCGAGGUGGCCUGCGGCGUCCUCCACCUGCACCGCCAUAACUACGUGCACAGUGACCUGGCCCUGCGCAACUGCCUGCUCGCGGCCGACCUGACGGUGAAGCUCGGUGACUACGGCUUGUCCCACUGCAAAUACAGAGAGGACUACUUCGUGACCACUGACCAGCUGUGGGUGCCGCUGCGCUGGAUCGCGCCCGAGCUGGUGGACGAGGUGCACAGCAACCUGCUCGUGGUGGACCAGACCAAGGCCAGCAACGUGUGGUCCCUGGGUGUGACCAUCUGGGAGCUCUUCGAGCUGGGCGUGCAGCCCUACCCCCAGCACUCGGACCGGCAGGUGCUGGCCUACGCCAUCCGCGAGCAGCAGCUCAAGCUGCCCAAGCCCCAGCUGCAGCUGACCCUGUCGGACCGCUGGUACGAGGUGAUGCAGUUCUGCUGGCUGCAGCCGGAGCAGCGGCCCACGGCCGAGGAGGUGCACCUGCUGCUGUCUUACCUGUGCGCCAAGGGUGCCACCGAGGCAGAGGAGGAGUUCGAGCGGCGCUGGCGCUCGCUGCGGCCGGGCGGGGGUGGCGCGGGCCCGGGUUCGGGGGUGGCGGGCCCCGCGGCUGAGCUCGCAGCGGCCUCGUCCUUCCCGCUGCUGGAGCAGUUCGUGGGCGAUGGCUUCCACGCGGACGGCGACGACGUGCUGACGGUGACCGAGACGAGCCGCGGCCUCAACUUCGAGUACAAGUGGGAGGCGGGCCGUGGCACCGAGGCCUUCCCCCCGCCGAGCCCCGGCCGCGCUGCCCGCGUGCAUGAGCUCUGCGCCCCCGACGUGCCCCCCGGCGUGGUGCCCGUGCUCAGCGCGCACAGCCCGUCCGUGGGCAGCGAGUACUUCAUCCGCCUGGAGGAGGCCACGCCCGCUGCCGGCCACGACCCCGACUGCGCCGGCUGUGCCCCCGGCCCCCGUGCCGCCGACCAGGACGACGACUCAGAUGGCAGCGCCACUGCCUCACUGGCCACGGAACCGCUGCUGGGCCACGCGCUGCCGGCCGACGGCCCCUGGGGCGGAUGCAACCAGCACCUGCACAGGGGCCUCGCCCGGGACCCGCUGGGCCGCUCCCACUCGCUCUCGCCAGGGCCCCUGACGCCCGCGGAGCACGGAGCCCAGGACGCAGACUGGGGCGUGACCGCCUUCUGCCCGCCCCUCUUCAAGGACCCGCUGGGCGCGACCCCCUCGGGGAGCUCAGGGACCCGGCCAUCGAAGGGCGAGGAGCUGAGGGAGGCCGGAGCGCCCACGGCCGCCCAGCAGAGACACUGGAGCUCCAACGUGUCGGCCAAUAACAACAGUGGCAGCCGCGAUCCAGAGGCCUGGGACCCUGGCUACGGGGGCAGCUACACGGACCGCAGCCCCAGCCCGAAGCAGACCCCCGCGGCCUCCCCUGAGCAGGGCCACCCCCUAGCCCAGGAGGGCCCCAGAGAGCCUCUGCUUGGCCUGCAGGCAGCCUCCCCCAGCCAGGAGCCAGGCCGCCGUCCAGACCUCCCCAACCUGGGCCCUGCCCAGGGCCUGGCACCCGCUAUCGCCCUGGUCACACCCCCCUGGACAGAGGCAGCCGUUAGUGGGGGUGACCCCCAGGCAGAGCCCAAGCUUGCCGCGGAGGCUGAGGGCUCUGCUGGGCCCCUUCCCUCCCUCCCCUCCCCCUCCCAGCAGGGAGCCCCGCUUCCCGCAGAGGCGGCCAGCGCCCCCAGCGUCCCCAGUGUCCUGCCUGACUUGCCCACUGAGCCGGCUCAGGGUGCUGAUGACAGCAGCAGCUGCUGCCCCACAGUGGAGGUGGCUAACAGUGAGGACGAGGACACAACUGAGGCCACUUCGGGCGUCUUCACAGACGUAUCCAGUGACGGUCCACAGGCUGCGAAGCCAGACGCAGUGCCUGCCUUGCGCUCUCUGCAGAAGCAGGUCGGGACCCCUGACUCCCUGGACUCGCUGGACAUCCCGUCCUCAGCCAGUGACGGUGGCUGUGAGGUCUCCAGCCCGUCUGCUACCGGCCCCCCCAGCGGGCAGCCUCGAGCCCUGGACAGCGGCUAUGACACGGAGAACUACGAGUCCCCCGAGUUUGUGAUCAAGGAGGCACACGAGUGUGAGCCCGAGGCCUUCGGGGAGCUGGCCCUGGAGGGCGAGAGCCCCGGGCCCGAGACUCGGCUCUCGGCUUCCCUUGCUGGCCUCAGCGAGAAGAACCCCUACCGAGACUCGGCCUACUUCUCGGACCUGGAUACCGAGUCCGAGCCCCCCACGGGCCCGGAGGAGAAGUGCGGUGGAGUCCAGGCCCCCGGGCCGGAGCCAGGCCUGAAAAGCCCACAGAGCCCUGGACAGCAGUCUGGGCCUGGACCUGGGGUACCCGGCGAGGCCCAGGGCGCUGGCCCCAGGGAGGUGCUGCCGCCCGACGGGUCUUUCCCAGAGCCAAGCGCUGGGCCCAGGCCAGAGCCUCCUGAGUCCCCAGGCCCAGCCAAGGUGCCAGCUGUGCCCAAUCCCAGCCGCUCCAAGCUUUUCCUGCUGACCCCAGUGCCACUGAACUCAGAAGGAGACAGCUCCGAGCUCCAGGGGGCCCCGCAGGAGCGGACAGGGGGUCCUGGUGCCCCCCGAACCCCACUCUGCCUGGCUCUGCCCGGCCUCCCUGCAGCCUUGGAGGGCCGGCCAGAGGAGGAGGAGGAGGACAGUGAGGACAGCGACGAGUCCGACGAGGAGCUCCGCUGCUACAGCAUCCAGGAGCCCAGCGAGGAGAGCGAGGAGGAGGUGCCGGCGGUGCCCGUGGUGGUGGCCGAGAGCCAGAGCGCGCGCAACCUGCGCGGCCUGCUCAAGAUGCCCAGCCUGCUGUCCGAGGCCUUCUGCGAGGACCUGGAGCGCAAGAAGAAGGCCGUGUCCUUCUUCGAUGACGUCACCGUCUACCUCUUCGACCAGGAAAGCCCCACUCGGGAGGUCGGGGAGCCCUUCCCUGGCGCCAAGGAGUCGCCCCCCGCGUUCCUGGCGGGCAGCCCCGGCUCCCCCAGCGCCCCGGGCGGGCCGCGGCAGGACGACCCGACCCGCGGAGGAUCCGGCGCGGAGGACGGCGGCGCGUUCCAGUGGGACGACGAGCUCCCGCCGAUGCCGGCCAAGGCGGCCUUCGCGACGGCCCCGGCCCCGGUCGCGCCCGCGUCGCGCUUCACCGUGUCGCCCGCGUCGCGCUUCUCCAUCACGCACGUGUCCGACUGCGACGCCGACUCCGCGGAAGGCUCUGUGGCAAGUGCAGGGGAUGGCAGUAAAGACGCUUGAGACCCAGGCAGCUGCUACCCAUCGGAGGCUGGCGUCAGCGGAGGCCCUGCCAGGCAGCAGCGAGGAUGGUGACUGGGAAUGAGUGUGGAGGUGGCCCUGGUGGCUGUCAGCAGCAGAUUCCAGUGCCUCCGCGACCUCUUCUGUGCCCCAGAGAAGCCCUGGGACAAGAGGCCCCUCUCUGGCUGGGGUGGUGGAUUGGCCCCACCCCUCAGCCCCGUGCUGCCCUGGGGCCAGAAUUUGUCCUGGACACUGGGUUUGCUGCUAGCCCUAGGGGUGGCCCAUCUGUACACACACACACACACACACACACACAUGCACACACGCGCACACAUGAACACACACGCACACACAUGCACUGGAGAGGGCCUGCACUCUGGGCCCUGCAGCUGCUGGACACCAGGCCUCCGAGGCCAGGGGACCUGCUCUUGGCCACGGGGAGCCACAUUCCCUGUCCAGCUGGCUCCUUAGGUGUUCCGAGGACACUCGUGCCCUUGGCCUGGCGAGGCAGAGGUCCCUGAGACAGCAGCAGGUGCCAAGCCUCUCCUGCCCCCGGCUGCCUCCUAUCAGCCCCGCCUGGUUCUGAGUUUUGCUCUGCACACUGAGAGAGGACCGUGGCUUUCUGUCCCUGCUGCCCUCGUCUCAGAGUCUGUGGCUGUUCCCCCUUCGCUGACUCAGCUAGACUGUAGCCCGCUCUGCCCACGGGCUGGGGCUGCUCCCAGCUGCUGGAGCCUGGGCUGGGGUGGGUCGGCCAGAGAGAUGGGGGAAGAGGGGGCUACAGGCCACACCCCUGCCACACGGGCCCCGUUCUAGAGUGCCCUCGGCAGGGUGGUGGGGGGGCUCCCCUCUGCAGGGCACUGCCUGGCCCAGUGCCCCAGCUGCCAAAGGAAGCGGGAGCCGCAGCCCCACGUCAGUGUCGUCGGUGUCUGGGCUCCUGCCUGCAGGGACGGGGCGGCAGGUGCGGCCGGGGGUUGGGCAGUGCAGGGAGUAUUUUUGUAACUGCUAUUGCUGGAGCGAAUGGAAGCGGGUGAGCUUAAGUUAUUGUUGCCAAAGAGAUGUAAAGUUUGUCGUUGCUUUGGGGGGACUUGUUUUUGGUUUGUGGUUUUUGUUAGUUUGAAGCUUAGGAUGCUGGUGCGAUGAUUUUCUUGUUCCUUGUUUGUUUGUUUUUUAAGAGAAAUCAAGCUAAGAAAAAAAUG